UCCGCCGCCUCACUCGGAACUGCAAGCACGUCGGUCGCGACCUAGCGCGUAGCCGCGAACAAUAAGACCUCACACUCGCCUGAUCGCAAAAACACUCAGUGUCCAUCAAUUAUUUUUUUAAAGUGUAGUGAAAAAUAUUUUUUUAAUUGUGACAAGUCAGGCGGGCGGAGGCUCGGGUGGGGCGCGUUCCGCUGACACAGUGGCUCAGUCAGCCGUCGGUCGCCGAGUGGCAAGCACCAUCGAUUUUCUCCAAACGGCUUUACGCGAGUAAAAACAACAAUGCAUAUUGAAGUACAAGUCGCACUCAAUUUCGUCAUAUCAUACCUUUACAACAAGCUGCCCAGACGACGCGUCAACAUUUUCGGGGAAGAGCUAGAAAAAGCGCUUAAAGAUAAGUUCAGGGGUCAUUGGUACCCCGACCGACCGUGCCGGGGGUCUGCGUUCAGAUGUUUGAAAACUGGGGGUCCAUUAGACCCUGUGCUGGAGAGAGCUGCGCGGGAGUCUGGUGUUCCUGUACGAGAUGUGCUUGAACACCUUCCGCGAGACCUCGCUGUUUGGGUGGAUCCAGGCGAGGUGUCUUAUCGCAUCGGCGAGAAGGGCGCAGUGAAAGUGUUGUUCAGCAGCGACGAACGUGCCGCUGACGAGAGGACCGACAGAGAGGUUACCCGCGCAUUUAACCCUGAGGCACAGUGUUUCCGGCCCGUAGAGCCGGUAGCGGCUCCAUCGCCGCCCGCCCCCGCCGCCUUCUCACCCGCUCCGCCCUUCCGAGCGCAGCCGCUCACAUUCACGACCGCUACCUUCGCGCAAACCAAGUUCGGGAGUACCAAGUUGAAAACGAGCAGCAAACGUGCCAACCGCAUGUCGCCCACCGAGUUCAGCAACUACAUCAAGCAGCGCGCGGUGCAGCAGCAGCUGGCGGCGCGCGCGCUGUCGCCGGCCACGGACCCCGCGGCCUACUUCCUGGCGCGGCGCGACGCGGCGCCCCCCGCGCCCUCGCCCUACGCGCCCGCGCACCUGCUGCUCGCCAACUGA